CACUUUGUUCUGUGUGUCUGAAAUCUGAAAAUGUUUAGGUGUUUUGGUCACUGUUGACGGUAGCUGCAGAAAUCCCUUAAUAAAUAACUCAUGGAACUUGAAUCUGGGUUGUUUUUGUUUUUGGCUGGUUUGUUUGUUUUAAAAGAGGCAAGUUGGAAUUUGAACUCUCAUGAUUUCAACUUUGAAGUGGAAUAACUGUAGCCCAGUAUUGCAAUGGAUGUGGAAGAAGAAAAUACUGGUCUUUGCCUAUUUCGAAGUUCAGGAAGGAUCACUCAUCCACAUUAUCUACUUAAUCUACUGAUGGGUGAUUUUGUCUCUGACUGGUCUCCUUUACAUGAAGCAUCCAUUCAUGGGAGACUACAUGCUCUGAAGAAACUCAUCAAUCAGGGAGCUAGUGUGAAUUUUAGGACAGCAGAUUGUGUAUCUCCUCUCCAUGAAGCUUGCUUAGGAGGACAUGCUGCAUGUGUCAGUGUUUUAUUAAAACAUGGAGCCAACGUAAAUGCCACUACUAUUGACUGGAACACACCCCUGUUCAACACUUGUGUCAGUGGUAGCGUUGACUGCUUGAACCUGCUACUGCAACAUAGAGCCAGCCCACAUCGAGUUUGUGACCUGGCAUCCCCCAUCCAUGAAGCUGCUAAAAGAGGUCAUACCAAAUGUGUGGAAACUCUUCUAUCCAAUGGAGUCAGUAUUGACCAUAACAUAAAGCAUCUUGGAACUCCACUGUACAUCGCUUGUGAGAAUCAACAGUUGAAAUGUGCGAAAAAGUUACUUGAGUCAGGUAAUUCACUAAAAGGAGCAAGUGCAAAUAGUGGAAAAGGUCUGGAUUCUCCUCUCCACAUAGCUGCUCAAACUUCCAAUAUUGACAUGGUCCAUUUGCUUAUUGACUUUGGAGCAAAUACUAGGGUAAUUAAUGCAGAAGGAAAAAAGCCAAUAGAGCUAGUUCCAGCCAACAGUGCACUAAUGCAGAUAUUUCUGCAGAGAGAAGGUGCCCAUUAACUUUUGUUUCUUUCAAACACAGAGUACAGUAUGUAAAGAUCCCGAGGCAUGCUUUGAAUGGACAUAUCUGUAUCACAUUGUUAACUCUUACCAAUAUGCCAGAAUGUGCUCUUAUCACAUACAAUAUUGCUAAUAUUUCCACUAACUUGCAACUACUAAUGCCAUAAUGGAUGCAACCUUAUAAUAAUUAAAGGGAAUGCUCAUGGAGAUAGAUCCAAGUACUUCCUGUGAGAUGCAGAUUUCAGACAAAAGGAAGAAUGGAUUUUUUCCAAACCUGAAGUUUCAGAUAUGAUAUUGUUACAAUCAUAAUUCACAUUUGUAGAUUUUUAUAAAGAUAUCGAGUUCAACAGAAAAGUGUAAAAAAGAAGGAAAACUUUGUAACUAUGUGUAUAUAUUACAUAUGUGUAUGUAUUACAUAUGAAUAUUUUGCUGAAUAUAUCUCCAGUAGGAAACUGGUUCAUAAUACUUUUAUUCUCAGUAAAUAUGUACCCAUGCAUGACUGUACACAUUAUUAUAUAUGGCAUUUUUCAAAACCAAGACCCAAAGUGACACAAGAUUUGCAAAAGGUUUGUUCUGCUAUAGUAAAUUGUUUUGGCUGGUAUUGUAACAGGAUCGUUUAAUUCCAAAUUAAAACAAUUAUAUGGUA